GCGGAAAAUCAAUUCCAUAAUUGGGCAAUAACAAGGGAUUUUUCUGCAGAAUUCUCACUAAAAGCCGUUGAUUAUACGGAAGGAAUUCAACUGGUAGAAAAUGCUAAAAGAAAACUGGUCAGCUCCAACUCAUGUUGGCAAAGAGCUUAUCAACAAAUAUUUGCCGCCUGCUCUGAGAUCAUUGGGGAUGACAGCGAAAAACGGAAAAGAUUUGCUUGGGAUCUUUGCAAUUGCUUUCAGAAUGACUCGGGAAGGCCCUAUUUUCCUCACUGUCAACAGGAGUCUUCGAUGCAAAAAUGUCUUGCAAAGUUGGAUGACAUUUCCUAUCAAACUUAUCUUCAAUUCUUUCUUGAAACCAACACAAUUUGUUAUCAGCUACAGGCUACUGCAUUCAGGCUUCAAACAGAAAAAUUGGUGAAUGAUUUGAAAAACACAGCUCAUAUUGCAGAGGAAAAAAUGGAUAACAUGGAAAUGAAAACAGAGCAGUUGUUACAGAGCUCAAACAACAUUCUAAGUUCUCUUAAUACGAUUGAUCAACACUCCCAGCAAGUUGCUGAAACAACUAAGAAUGUGUCGGAUCACAUGGAUAUUGUAGUGGAACACUCCAUGGCGGUUUUCAAGCAAUCUCAACAAAUCGCAGCUUUUCAAUCAGAAUUGAAGACAGGACAAGAGCAAAUGAAAAGUAAUUUGGAAGAAGGGAUGGCAACGCUUAAUCACUCUUACAAAGACUUGGGUGAUAGACUUGAUGACAUAAAAGAUGAGACUGUUGAAGUAGAGAAGAAAAUAAACGAAGUUGGUGAUGCAAUGUCUGAGAAAAUGACUACCUUGCAGAGCAGAGCAGAUGAUAUUGGGAAAAUGACGGGAAUUUCCCUGGAAAAACAGAAGCAGCUUUUAGAUAAGCAAUCAACAGCUCUUGAGGGUCUUCAAGCGAUUACUGAAUUUCAAUCUCAAGCACUAGCUGAGAGCAGGGCUUCGCUGAAAGAGUUGGCUGAAUUUGGCCAUACGCAACAAGAAAUGCUUCUUCAGCGGCAACAACAGCUUGAACAAGCCCAUGAACAUCUGGUUGAGAAUUCAAAGUCUAUAUUAGCAGCUCAGGAAGCUUUUGAGUUCAAGCAAGCCCACAUGUUUGCAGCUUUGGAUAAGCUCUUUAGCCUCCAUAAUGCCAUGUUGGUUGAAUCCCGUUUGAUCAAAGCUUUCUUCCUUUAUUGCUUAUCAAUAUUUGUACUCUAUGUGCUUACCAGUACAAAGCAAACAUACACCGUGAGACCCCGACUCUAUAUUGGUUUAUGUGCUUCAUUCAUGAUUGAAAUGGCAAUACUGCGAUGUUCCAUGAAUGAUAUUGAGCAACAAACAUGGCUUCUUAAUCUGGUUAGGCUGCUCUAUACGAUCCUUGCAUCGAUCCAACUUCUAUUCGCCAUAUAUUCAUAUAGGGAUUACGAAAUGUUGAACCAUCAAAUGCUGCUGACAUUGAUUGAGAAGGUUAAUAGCAUCCGGAAAAACUCAGACUUGUCUUGGGAGACAGAUAGUGAUGUGGACUGGUCAUCCUGGAUUGAUACCGAAUUUCCAGAUGAUGUAGACAAUCUCAAGGACCCUGACUAUAUGCCUCCGGUUCCAGCAGAAGAGAGUAAAGAGAAUUCAUUUGAAACUUCCCCAAUUUCAAGGAAAUAUGAUCUCAGACCCCGCCAUGGAUGUCGAAGUUUUCUCUAAUUUAACAAGCUUGCUGAUUACGGUUGUCCUCGAAAGGUCCCUUUCCUGCCAAUCUGACUACUUGAUUACAGCUAUAAUUUCGUGCCAGUCGAAUCACCGGAAGAUGUAUUUAGCAAAUAAGGUUAGACGGCGAUCAAGGACCUGAAAACAGUUGUCCUCUAAAUAUCUAGGCCAUUACGUUGUCAGGAUGCCAGGAUAUUUACAUUCGAGCCAACCUUCCGUUUGUUUCUAAUUGUAUUAGUGAAAGCUCGAUUGCUUC